AUGCCACGCUUUGCUACCAACACCUGCCUCAUCAUGCCACCUUCUGCCAACAUCCGCCUCAACAUGCCACCUUGUGAUGCCAACAUCCACCUCAUCAUGCCGCCUUCUACUGGCAAUUUCCACCUCACCUUGCCGCCUUCUGCUGUCAACACCCGCAUCAACAUGCCACUUUCUACCAACACACGUCUCAUCAUGCCACCUUCUGCCAAUACCCGCUUCAUCAUGCCACCUUCUGCUGCCAACACCCGCUUUAUCCUGCCACCUUCUGCUGCCUAUACUGGCCUCAUUAUGCCACCUUCUACUGCUAAUAUUUUCCCCAACAUUCGCCUCAACAUACCUUCUGUUACCAACAUCCGCUUCAACAUGCCACGUUUUGCUGACAACACCCGCUUCAACAUGCCACCUUCUGCCAAUAUCCGCCUCAUCAUGCCACCUUCUAUCAACACCCGCCUCAACAUGCCACCUUCUGCUGCCAACACCCGCCUCAUCAUGCCACUUUCUGCUAUCAACACCCACCUCAACAUGCCACCUUCUGCUGCCAACACCCGCCUCAACAUGCCACCUUGUGCUGCCAACAUCCACCUCAACAUGCCACCUUCUGCUGCCAACACCCGCCUCAACAUGCCACCUUGUGCUGCCAACAUCCACCUCAACAUGCCACCUUCUGCUGCCAACACCCGCCUCAACUGCCCCAUGUGCUGCCAACAUCCACCUCAACAUGCCACCUUCUGCUGCCAACACCCGCCUCAAUAUGCCACCUUCCGCUGCCAACACCCGCCUCCAAUAUGCCACCUUCCGCUGCCAACAUCGCCUCAUCAUGCCACCUUCUGCUGGCAACUUCUGCCCUACCUUGCUACCUUCUGCUGUCAACACCCGCUUCAACAUGCCACUUUCUGCCAACACACUUCUCAUCAUGCCACCUUCUGCUAA